UCCACCUCCAUCAGUUCACCUGCUCUUCCAUCACCUCUCCCAGCGCCAUGCAUUACAGCCGCUGCCUGCCCAACCUGAGCUGCCGCUCCAGCUCCUCCUACAGGCCCUGCGUGCCCUCCAGCUGCCAGGGUAUCACCCUACCCGGGGCCUGCAACAUCCCCGCCACUGUGAGCAGCGGCAACUGGUUCUGCGAGGGCUCCUUCAAUGGCAAUGAGAAGGAGACCAUGCAGUUUCUGAACGACCGGCUGGCCAGCUACCUGGAGAAGGUGCGCCAGCUGGAGCGGGACAACGCGGAGCUGGAGAGGCAGAUCCUGGAGCGGUCUCAGCAGCAGGAGCCCCUGCUGUGUCCCAGCUACCAGUCCUAUUUCCGGACCAUCGAGGAGCUCCAGCAGAAGAUUCUGUGUGCCAAGUCUGAGAACACCAGGCUGGUGGUGCAGGUCGACAAUGCCAAGCUGGCCGCCGAUGACUUUAGAACCAAGUAUGAGGUGGAGCGUUCCUCGCGGCAGCUGGUGGAGUCAGACAUCAACAGCCUGCGUAGGAUCCUGGACGAGCUGACCCUCUGCAAGGCUGACCUGGAGGCCCAGGUGGAGUCCCUGAGGGAGGAGCUGCUCUGCCUCAAGAAGAACCAUGAGGAGGAAGUCAACUCCCUCCGGAGCCAGCUCGGGGACCGCCUCAACAUCGAGGUGGACGCCACUCCCACCGUCGACCUGAACAGCGUGCUCAGCGAGACCAGGAGCCAGUACGAGGCCCUGGUGGAGACCAACCGCAGGGACGUGGAGGAAUGGUUCGCCAGGCAGACCGAGGAGCUGAACAAGCAGGUGGUGUCCAGCUCGGAGCAGCUGCAGUCCUACCAGGCGGAGAUCAUCGAGCUGAGACGCACGGUCAACGCCCUGGAGGUGGAGCUGCAGGCCCAGCACAACCUGAGGGACUCUCUGGAGAACACGCUGACGGAGACGGAGGCCCGCUACAGCUCGCAGCUGGCCCAGGUGCAGGGCCUGAUCGGCAACGUGGAGGCUCAGCUGGCGGAGAUCCGGGCUGACCUGGAGCGUCAGAACCAGGAGUACCAGGUGCUGCUGGACGUGCGGGCCCGGCUGGAGAGUGAGAUCAACACGUACCGGGGGCUGCUGGAGAGCGAGGACUGCAAGCUUCCCUGCAACCCCUGCGCCACCACCAACGCUAGUGCCAACUCCUAUGUGUCCUGCUCUCAAAAGCGUUGCUGUUAAUCAUUAAACUGGCAUCCUCUUUGAAGACGACCACAACGCCUAGAUCAAGCACAGGCAAGGUCCCCAGGUCCUGCCUUUGCUGGAGCUCCAUUACCGUUUAUAAACCUCGUCUAGCCAGCUGUGCUAUUUCUACGCAAGGACAUGCUCUCCAGACCCAUGAGCCAAGACACACAUCAUCAACUUCUGGUGUUUCAAAUACUCCCUCCUGCUGAAGGUUGAGUCUCUGAAGAUGCCCAGCUCCCUGUAAUCUGAGCUCCAGGUUUUACUUGAGGGCAUUUCCUGUACGGGUAAUAAGGUUUCCUGCUUUCCUAGCUUCUUUGGUGUUCUCUGGAAUGCAAGGAGGCGACUUCAUUUCCUUCUCAAUAAACUUUAUUUCUCUGGCAUA